AUGGCGAUUCACCCCGAUCUUCCUGGCAUCGAGGUGACGGUUUCAGUCGGAGGCGAGCAAUUAUUCGAGUACGCCGCAGAAAAUGAACCACUCCCUAGGCCAUUACCCAAAAAUACUCGGAACAGAAAGAAGCUCUUGCAUCAACACAAAGCCACAAUCACUAAGUACAUCGAGAUCGUUGACGGAAGUGUUUUCACUAUCAAUCUAUCUGCCAAAGCCCCGUACGUGUUGGAUUGCCCCAAGCUUCAGUUCCGCGCAUUCGUCGAUAAUAACUGGAUCCGUGAGCCAAUUAUGACCCAGGAUGAUUAUAAGGAUAAGGACUGGAGUGAUGUCGUCGAAGGUCCGGUUGGAGAAGUUGAUUCCGGUCAUCGGCCUAUGAUAUUCAGCACGGUUGAAACGAGUGAGUUGAUUUUUCAAAACUGAAGACGAUCAAGACUGAUGAUGUAUAGCGUCGGAACAAUUCACCAAAGCCGUAGUCGCAGAGCAUAAAGAUAAAAUGAGCGGCGUCGGCGAGAUCAUUGUUGAAGUUCAUAGAAGGACCGAAGGUCGUGCAGCCAAACCAUCAAAGGAUGAGAUUAUCCGUGACUUCGAGGUCACUUACGAAGACAAGGUUCACGAGAAAGCUACCGCCCUCACUGCCACCAGCCAUGGAACGACGUGAGUUGCCAAGCCACACCUCGCUUAACAGAAUUAAUAUCCAUAUGCUAACUUGCCGCGAUGUAGUUACGGCGUCGCCGCACGUGGAGACACCGAGUAUAACCUAGGGGUAUGGCAGACUGCGACGAUCGAUGGCGAAGACUUUAUGCGUGCGCAAUUUGUUUUCAAGUAUCGUUCGAAGGGUAAGCUCAUUCACAACCCCCAUGCCCUGAGACUCCUCUUCCGCUAACGACAAAACAAAACAGAAGCCCUUAAAAAACUCCUCGUCAUCCCGCGAUCACCCAGCCCCGACCCCGAGCCCGAAGAGCUAGAAAUCAUCCAUCACCGCAGUAUCCAACCCCGAAUUCGACGACCAGCCCAAGCCCGAAUCGAUGACGCAAUCUUGACGGCGGAAGAAAAGGAGGAGCUGACCAAAAAACUUGCCGAAAUGCGCGGGGUUAAGCGAGAACGGGAGGACGAAAAUAUCAAGGAGGAGUUGCUUACCGAGAUGGACAUUAAACGUGAACACCUGGGCGCAAUCGAUAGUGGUUUCGGAGACCAGGGAGAGCCGAGGCGACGAAAGAAACCGAAGAAGUGGACUGGCAAGACGAUCGUGGAUUUGACGGAGAGUGACCAGGAGAUUGAUCCGAUUGUUCUGGAGUGA